AUGGAUAACAGCCAGGAUAACUACCAGAAUAACACUGAAGGUAACUAUUCCUUACCUAAGUAUUUUCUGUUUAAUUAAAACAGCUGCAGUGAAAUUCCAACUGUGAAAACAAAUUGGUUAAAAUAGGCCAUGUUUUUGGUUCUCUCAGAUCGUCUUUUGGUUCUCUCAGAAGCAACAACCCCUUCAUGGGUUGUUUUAACGAAUGUCUUCUUUCCUUACAAUAUACCCUUCUAUUUUUGCACUUUUACAGAACCUCCACCAGCUGAUGAGAUUACACAGAGUUACAUACACAAUGUCUUGCCAGUUAAAAAAAGCCUUAAACAACAAAAAAUGGUACUUCAACUUUGUAGUUCAAUAUAAGGAUAAACCAUGCAAGAAGGGCUGUAUGCUUUUUGCCAGAAAGGAGGUCAGAGGUACACACAAUUGCACAAACGAAAAGUCCUGUCAAGAUUGAAAACAUAAAGUGCCAAAGCUACAAGCAAGAUGACGACCUAACCCUGAAAAAAAUUUCAAAAAUAACUGCACUUGAGAAAAUCGACCUCUCACAAGUUGUUGAUGCCAUCAUUGUCUUCCCUUUCAAAACUAGCGAAAGAGCAACUUAUCGCAGUGAAAGCAGAAGUAUUCCAAAUAAGUUGGGUCAAGCAUAUCAAUUCAGAUGUAAAGGGGGUAUUUUGCACAAACAGGAAUUUGUCAUUAGAGAUCCAACAUCGUCAGCCAAACUCACGCUAUGGGAAAAGUAUCUGGGCUGUUUGGAGAUUAACCAAACCUAG